AAAUACCUAAAAUAGAUACCAUUUAUUUAUGUCUGCAUAUUCACAAUUAAAGCAUGCAUGUUAUAAUAUCCUAUCAUUUCCGUCAAACAUCUAUUCAUCGGCAGUCGCCACUGCAAAUUUUCUCCCUCUGCUUCUAGCCAUUUUUAGUAAAGAAUCAAACUUUUUUCGCACCCCAUUUUCCUCAUCGAUUCGCUGAGUUGCUGUGCGUGUAGUCCAUCACAGUCAAGAUGGGGAGGCCUAGGGGGAGACCCAGGAUCCUGCGUCCGCGGUUGUCGCGUAUGGACGCGGCGGUGGACGCCAUGCUGCCGCUUGGAUUCCCGGAAGCAAAGGUGAAGAAACGCGUUAACCAACUGCUCAAGGUAUACGGUGGAGAUGAAGGAUGGCCAUUCAUUGAGGAAUGCUCAUAUAAGGUACUUCUUGACUCCCUUCUUGAAGAAAAGGAUGAUGAAGAGCAAGUCACGUCGCAAAAUGGAUUACUACUGGAGCCUGUUGAAAAUCGGGAACUGUUGGACAAGCCACAAGGCGAUGAAGACCUUAGCUGCAGUCGAGCUUCGGAUGCUCUCAUAGAGCACCCCUCAGAAGCAGUUGCAGAGGAUACACCGCUGCCAGCUUCUUCACCACCACGAGAUAGCACUCAUCUGCUGUUGCUGCCGGCCAAUACACGGACACGUUUUCCUUGCUAUGGUUGGAUCGAGAGCGAUGAGGAUGAUGCAGAUGAGUUUAUUAAUCUGGCACCUGCUCCUGCGGCCAUAGCCACUCUAAAUGUGCCCCCAUGGAGGAAGAAACGCAGGUCAAGAUGGGAUGUCAAGCCUGGUGAUCCUUAGUUUAAAUUUAUUACUUUGUGCAUCAAAGCUCUCAUCUAAUCCACAAACUGGGCUAUUUCUUCUCAUGCCACUGCAUUCUUGUAAAUGUAUAACCUCAUUGAGUGAUAAAUCUUAACUCAUACAUUCAACCUAAAUUGUCUUAACUUUCUUGUUUUUGAUA